UGCGACGGAGUUUCAAGAGUAUUAAAACGAACAAUCAUAUUUACAUAUUAAUUCACAGAGUUAUUUUAAUUACAACAGUUCUUGUAACUGAAGAGUUACUAUAAAGUGACUGUUUUUUAAUUUACAUUGUAACGUGAUUCCACUUACAACCUAUAUUGUAUGGUAAUUGAUAAUAUGAAUUCCGCAAUCCACAAUUUCAGUUUUAACUUGGCAGUCUCGUAGUACAACCGUAGUUUUUAUUGUGGUAUCGUAUUGAUGACGUCAAAUUGUUUUUGCCGUUUAUUUAGAUGACUAAAGCAAUUUAAGUGUGUAUUAUAUGUAAAUAAUUCUUAUUAUAUAAGAAAAAAACAUUUUUAAUUUAUAAUUAUGUCGGCAAAACCUACAAAGAAAACAAAAAGUUCGGGAGCUUUGGGAAUUUAUCUCAUAGCAUACAAUGGUAUACAAACAUUGGGGUGGUCCUAUUUGUUAUUGCAGUCGGUGACAUACUUUUUAAAUCGCGGCACUUUGGAUAAUUACUGGAGAGAAGUGAAAUGGACAGUAAUAAUAUUUCAGACAGCAGCAUUGUUAGAGGUAUUACACGCCGCUAUAAAGCUAGUACCUUCCAGCGUGAUCGUCGUCUUGAUGCAGGUUUAUUCACGAGUGUUUCUCGUGUUUGGAGUCUUGCUGGCCACUAACGGCGCUACAAUAAGCCCCGGCUUGCCGCUCUGUGUGUUAGCUUGGUCAAUAACAGAAAUAAUACGUUACGCCUACUACGCAUUUAAUCUGCUAAACAUCGUACCACAAAUGCUAUUGUUCUUCAGAUAUUCAACGUUCCUCGUGCUGUAUCCCCUUGGCAUAACCGGAGAACUUCUAUGCAUGUAUCACUCCUUAGAUGAAAUAUCUGAAAAACAAUUAUUCACCGUAUCUAUGCCUAACAAGUGGAACUUUAUCUUUAAUUAUUAUUAUUUCCUAGUAUUCUAUAUGCUGUUAUAUAUCCCACUGUUUCCGUUCCUCUUCGGUCACAUGCUGAAGCAACGAAGAAAAAUGUUAGGCGAUGUUUCGAAAAAAUCUGCAUAAAUUAUACGAAAAUUUAUAAAUUGUUAUUCUUAAUCUCAGUCUUCUAUUUUUAAUUUCUUUUCUUAAAAGUUAAUAAAAACGCUUAUUAAAAGUUAUUAAUUAUUGUC